AUGACCACCGUUGACGUGCGGAAGACCGUUCUUGUCACAGGCUGUGCACCAGGAGGCAUCGGCCAUGCGCUUGCUAUUGCGUUCCACGCACGUGGACUGCGUGUCUUUGCCACAGCUCGUCGUACUGAACAGCUGGCGAGCUUGUCCGCAAAUGGCAUCGAGACCUUAUCAUUGGUCGUGGACGACGACGACUCGAUCCUUGCAUGCAAAGCCACUGUCGAGAAAUUGACCAAUGGUCGCGGUCUCGAUUACUUGGUCAACAAUGCUGGCGUCUCGUAUAUCAUGCCUGCACUUGACAUUGAUAUCGCAGAAGCGAAGAAGAUAUUCGAUGUAAACGUCUUCGCGGUCAUACGCAUUUGUCAAGUCUUCUCGCCUCUUCUCAUCCAGGCAAAAGGUACCAUUGUCAUGAUCGGUAGCCUUGCUGGUGUAGUUCCAUAUACAUUCGGGAGUGUCUACAAUGCCUCCAAGGCAGCAUUGCACGCGUACUCCAACACCCUGAGAGUCGAACUUGCUCCAUUGGACGUCAAGGUCAUUACUGUUGUCACCGGUGGCGUCAAGUCCCGAAUCAAUGCUCACACUACCCGCGUCUUGCCUCAAGACAGCAUUUAUGCAGUCAUUGAAGACAACUACGUUCGACGUCAAGGCCAUUCUCAAGAAGGUGCCAUGCCUAAUGAUGCCUAUGCUGAAAGUGUCGUCAAACAAAUCCUGCCCGGCGCCGGUCCAUGGCCGUGGAGGUGGUUCGUGAGCGAUGCCAGGAGGAAAUGGAUUUGGCAAGGGAACAAAUCCUGGCUGGUCUACUACAUUUCCGGAGGUUUCACGUGGACAGGUGUGUUCGACUGGUACUUCACCAGACUAUUCCAGCUCUGGAAAGUCAAGCGCAGAGACAAGCAGGAUUGA